UGGAACCAGUGGUUGCCAUAGGCGAAGGUCGAGAGCUGCCAUGCACCAGACAUCACACCUUUCAAAUUCUGGAGCAAGACAUGAGCUCUGAUCAAGCCCAUCGCGAUCACAAAUCAUGCCAAAAAACGAUGGAGGAGAAAGGCUACUUAACGAGCUGGGCUACAGGCUGGGUCAAACAUUAGGGGAGGGCAGCUUCUCCAAGGUGAAAGCAGCCACCUCCAGCAAACACAAGGGCCCCUUAGCCGUCAAGGUGGUGGAUCGGCAACGAGCAUCCCGAGCUGUCGUGUACAAGUUUCUGCCUCGGGAGCUCUCCAUCGUGCGCAAGAUCCAGCACCCCAACAUUGUGCACGUCUUUGAGCUCAUCGAGGUCUGCAACAGGAAGCUCUACAUCGUGAUGGAAGCCAUGGACACUACCCUGCUGCAGCUGGUGGAGCACCUGGGAAAGCUGCCCUGCGUGCCCAAGGCCCGGGACAUCUUUGUGCAGGUCGUGAGGGCUGUGCGCUACCUGCACGACCGCAACUUGGUGCACCGGGACCUCAAGUGUGAGAACGUGCUGCUCACCGCCGACGGCCGCCGCGCCAAGAUCAGUGACUUUGGCUUUAGCAAGGAGAUCCACGGCUACCCGGACCUGAGCACCACGUUCUGUGGGACAGCAGCCUUUGCUUCCCCAGAAGUGCUGAUGGGCAUCCCCUAUGACCCCAAGAAGUACGACAUGUGGAGCUUGGGGGUGAUGCUCUACAUGAUGGUGGUCGGCCGUGUUCCCUUUGAUGAUACCAACAUCCAGAGCAUGCCUCAGCUGCAGAAGAAAGGGGUGCUGUACCCAGAGGAGCUGCCCCCACUGCCAGAGCCCUGCCAAGCCCUCAUUGCCCAACUGCUCCAGUUCAUCCCGUCUUCCCGACCUGGCGCAGGGCAGGUGGCCAAGAACCGCUGGCUGAAUGGAGGCAUCUGAAGGAGAGAGACCUCCAUGAAGGUUCUGGAGGAGCAGUAACACUUUGGUGCAAUAAAUGCUGUUGUGAAAAAGCA